CCAAAGGUAUGGUACCUUGACUUUGGAGGAAACUACUUUGCAUCUCCUACUCACUGGUCUGACUAUUCAUGCAUGCCUUCCUUAACACACCUUGACUUGUCUUACAAUUCAUUCACUCCCGAAUUCCCAAGUUUCACAAUGAAGUGCCACAACUUGUCGUUCCUAGACCUCUCUCUGAACUAUUUUAAUGGUACAAUACCAGAAUCAUUGUAUACCAAUUUGGCCAAGCUUCAAUACCUGAACCUCACAGGUUGUGGGAUGGAAGGACCAUUGUCGUCCAACUUGUCCAAGCUCUCAAACCUCAAAGAGCUUCGUAUGGGUGACAACAACUUCACUGGUCCCAUUCCCAUGGAAAUAGGAUUCAUAGCUGGGCUUCAAAUUCUUGAAUUGCAUAACAUUUCAGCCCACGGGGAAAUUCCAUCAUCCCUAGGCCAACUCAUGCAAUUAAGACAUCUUGAUCUGAGAGGGAAUUUUUUAAACUCUUCAAUCCCUUCGGAACUUGGCUCAUGCAUUCAUCUAACCUACGUAGACUUAUCAAGCAAUAAUCUAGCAGGUCCCUUGCCUUUUUCAUUAUCGAAUUUGACCAAACUCUCUGAAUUGGGAUUAUCAUAUAAUUCCAUUUCUGGUCAACUCUCUGCCCCACUAAUUUCUAAUUGGACUCAGUUGACAAGUCUGCAACUCCAAUUCAACUUGCUGACAGGAAAGGUACCUCGAGAAAUUGGUCUGUUGAAGAAAAUCGAGUACCUCUAUUUGUACGGCAAUGAAUUUUCAGGUCCCAUCCCCACAGAGAUUGGAAGCAUGAGGGAAAUGAUAAAUUUAGACUUUUCUGGAAACCAUUUUUCAGGUACAAUUCCCUCAACAAUUUCGAAUCUUACAAACAUUGAACUGAUGAAUCUUUUCAUGAAUGAGCUCACUGGAACCAUACCCAGAGAAAUAGGAAACCUCAAGUCACUGGAACUCUUUGAUGCCAACAGUAAUAAUUUGGAGGGAGAGUUGCCGAACAGCAUAGCUCAACUAACUGCUUUAGAAUACUUUUCUGUGUUCUCCAACAACUUGUCAGGCAGCGUCACCAGAGAUUUUGGGAAGUACAGUCCUAAUUUAAGUACUGUUUAUCUUUCUAACAACAACUUCUCAGGACUACUGCCACCUGACUUGUGCAGUGGCAUGAUGCUAUCUGGUUUGACAGUCAGUAACAACAGCUUUUCGGGGAUUUUUCCAAAGUCCUUGAGAAAUUGUUCAACACUAACUAUAAUAAGGCUUGAUGACAAUCAUUUCUCUGGAAACAUCACAGAAGCACUCGGGGUUUAUCCAAGUCUUGGUUUUCUAGACCUGCGCUCUAAUGAAUUCACGGGAAAUAUACCCCAUAGAUUUUUCAGAUUGGCUAAUCUUACCUUCCUUGAUUUAUCUAAUAACAACUUGAGUGGAAGCAUUCCUAAUGACUGUGAAACAUUCAAUGCAAGCUCUCUUGAAAUUCUCAACUUGUCUCACAACAACUUGACAGGAACAAUUCCACAAUGUUUGGCAACCUUACCCUCUCUCACAGUUUUGGAUUUGCAAAUGAACAACCUUUAUGGAACCUUACCAGGAAGCUUCUCUAAAGGUAAUGUCUUAUAUACUAUAAAAUUGAAUGGCAACCUCUUGGAGGGACCGUUACCCAAGUCUCUGGCUCACUGCACAAAACUACAAGUUCUGGACGUUGGAGAAAAUAGCAUAGAGGACACAUUUCCUAGUUGGCUAGGAUUGCUUCAAGAGCUACAGGUGGCCAAUUCAACACAUUCCAAAAUGACUCCUAUGUGGGAAAUGCAAUGUUAUGCGGAUUCCCUUUGUCAAAAUCAUGCAGUGAGGCCGAUGAUGACAAUGGACAUACCUCAUCAUCUAUGACAUUUGAGGAUGAAGAAAAAUUUGGAUUUGGCUG